AUGGUUUUACGAGGGCAAGUUUGUUAUCCAAAGUCAGAUGAAGGGAUGGCUUCGGACCAACCUGUGAAGAAAAAACAAAGAAUUGAUGGUCCUGAUAUUGACGAUGGAAGUGAUAGAUCUGCGGAGGAUAUCCUCACAGAUAUUUAUGACUCAGAGACACCACCUGCCGAUACGUCGGGGGACUACACGUCGAGGAAUGGUGAGUCUCCGGAUAGUGGGACUGUAAGUGAAGAUGCAGUUGACUGCUCAGCCAUUUUGAGGCUCCCUAGUGAUACAAGUGUUGACAUUAUUCCUUCUUGCUCUAAUAACGUAGCUCACUGGACAGCAGCUGAUGACACACUUCUAGCAGAACUGAGGAUUAUACAGAAUGCUUUAGUUGGACAAUGCUUGUGUGGUUUUGAUGAAACUUCUCUGUGUCAACUCUUUGACAGAAGAUUACAUAUUGUAUCAUGGCCAAUAACAUGUUCUCUCACUUAUCUGUCAACUAUGCAACUUAUGUUUGAUAUAUAUUUGAAGCAAAACAAUACUGGCACUAUAUGUUCAAGGUUGAUGUACGCUUGUGACUUAUUUGUAAGGAACAGACAUGACUGGAUAACUGAGGUUGUGGAUUUAUCGGAACACAAAAGUAAGUUUAUAACAUUUGUAGCCUGUAGAGUAUUAGCUAGCUUUCUAAUUGUUUCUAAAGAUACUGUUGAUGAAAAUUGGUUACAACAAAUUACUGAAAACAUAUAUUUGUUUGAUAGGAUAAAUAGGAUCACAGUACAAAAAAUUAAUUUCAGCUUAGAUAUAAUUAAAAGGAUAGUUGAGUGGAAAGAUGUGGAGCAGCAUCCUCUAGAGGAAAGUAAUUAUGUAAACACACCUGGAACUGUACAAGUUUCAGAGGACAAUCCCUUUAGGAGUGGUCCAAGUUGUGGUAGCAGUAGUAACAGUGCACAAUUGCCAUCUAGUUCUCAUAGUGAUAAUUUACAUAGUUCUUUCUCUAAUUUGCAAACCCAUAGCUCUCCCUCCACAUCAACCGGUGAAAAACCUGAUAACAAACCCAUACAGUUUAAACUUAGUGAGCCAGUGUUAAAAUUUCCUCCGGACCAAUCCAAUAGUGGCAUGGAGCCCUCUGAAUCCCCUGAACCUCCUCCGUCAAGGAUAGAAAGAGUUAACGAACAUGGUUGUGUAACUGUUAUAUUGACUGACUCUGAAUCUUUUGAUACAUCUCAUAUAAAAUGCUUAACAAUAAAAACGUUAGAGCAUCAUUGGCCAGUUUUGGUCAAAAACAUGAAACUGCUUCUUCUAAGGUACCUGAAUUUAUCUAAUGCUGAAAAUUGUAUAUUGACAUUUUUCUCCCUGUGGGAGAACAUUAUUAGUGUAAAAGCGAAUCUCUCAGUAAUAGAUACUAAACCAUUCUAUGCAGAUUUACAAGGCUUUGUUGAUUUACUCAGAAAUACAAUGCUGCCAAGUUUAAUUUAUACCCAGAUACUUAGUUUAUUUAAUGAGGUGCUUUGCUAUGGUUCGACUCUAGCUCUUCAAGAUAUAUUGCCUGAAGAGAUAUGUUGUCUCGCGCAUUCUAUUGUAAGAUAUGUUAAAGAUUUUCGUCUCCUCAGUGAAGUUAGAGUUCAAAGCAGUAGAAGUGGGUUCGGUUUCCUAGGUCACGAUUGUACUGUUAUCCGAGAUUAUUCUUUAGGUCCCGAAAUAGCACCUUUGUCAUCUUCAAUUCAGCUAGUUGAUCAGAGUUACGGUGAUGAUGAAAAUGAAGAUUCAUCUCAAUCUCGAAACGAAGUAGAUAAAACAAUGUUACAAAGAAUGUCCUUGCUGGUACUCAAGUCUGUAGCAGUCACUGUGAAAGAAAUGCGUUGCGACUCGUCCGAUAGUUCAAUUGAUUCAUCGGACUACAAUGCGAUACAAGAUAUGCAAAUUGUAGAAAGAUCAAUACGAGAUGUCUUAAAAAAGUUAGAUGUUUUCAUUCGAAAUAGGUUUGAAUUUCACCCAGAGACACCUUUUACGAAGAUGUUGAUUCAUCUUUUCAGUGAGCAGGACGAUUAUUUGAUAGAGUCUAUGGUUUGCACAUUAGAUAUUACAGUGGGAAUUGUUUACAGGAAUUCCAUGUAUCCUGAUUUAAUACCUAUGUUGAAUCCUAUAAUAUCCUUUAUUGAAUUUCUCAAGGUAGUGUCUCAUGAUAGUGAUGUCUUAUUAGAUUACCUCGUAAGUAACGAAACAUGCUUUUUGUUAUAUUUGCUGAGGUUUUUGAAAUAUGUGAGGCGGAAUUGGCCUAAGUUCUUGGAGUCAUGUCAGCAAGCUGACUCAGGGGGUACGAGGGGUUUAGAUGAUACGAUGAGGGUUUUGAUAAGAUUACGUUUACAAAUCAGCAGGCUAGUAUCGAAGUCUUUAUUCCCCUACAACAUAAGCCCUGUUCUCCGACUGCUGGAGGUUUGCGAAAGCUUGUACGAGGGAAACGAAUUUAGC